AUGUACGAUCCCGCGCAACCGUUCCUUGAAGACCUCAUCAGCGAGACGUCACCAGAGCCACCUACAGAGGUGCUUGACUUACCAAGAGGCGAAGGGAUCUUCCUAGAAGAGGAACCUAACCGUAUGGAAGAGGGAGAGGUCCCGAGAAUUGAAAGAAACGCUCACGGAUCGAAUGACGCCUCAAAUAGCGAAAUCAUGAAAAAUUUAAGUGGUAGAAAGGUUGCAGAAGGUCAGGGGGUGGCCACCAUUGAUCAUGUUGAUUAUCUCGCACAACCAAGCACCUUACCAACACCUGAAUCGACUCCUGAACCCCACGUUGAACUUCACGAUCAAGGGGACCGAGGCAACUCCAAGGCCAUUCCUGGGGAUUUCCCUGAAGAUCCACCCCUUGAAGAACCCGCAGAAUCUCCGCAGGAUGAAGCCGCCUCCCGAAUGCUCGAAGAUUCGCUUCAGAACUCGAUCUUUGAAGAAGAAAUACGUAUUUCUUCAGUACCUCCAACUACUCAACACCACGAUUCCGCGCUACAAGAAGAUCAUGAUUCGGCCUCCUCAUCAAGAUCAGGGGGUGGACGAGGCGGAAGACGUGGCCGAGGCAGAGGAAGAGGCCCUACCGAUGACGGCGCUCGCGAAGAAAAUAUCUUGCAAGAAAGACGCGUACGGCAGCCACGGAAGGACAUGAAGGAAUACAAAUCCUACGCGAUGUUUGAACCUUACAUUCAGGAUCCCUACAUCGUUGAAAAUGCCUUUUCAAUGGCCCUCGAUCUCGCAGCAAGAGAGAGGAAACGCUGGUACCGCAACGAGCUUCCUCCACCAAUUAACCAAGAAGAAGCGCGUGAUUCGCAGGUUCUUCCGUUGAAAUGGGUAUUUACAUACAAAUUCGAUGAAAAUGGCAACUUCAUAAAAGCGAAAGGCCGCAUCUGCGUCAGAGGAGAUCUCGAGAAGGACACAAUCGCUAACAAUUUUGCUGCAACGGCGUCAGCCAGGGUAUUCCGAGCCGUCAUGGCCCUCGUCGCUGCUUUCGAUCUCGAUACGGACCAGAAAGACGCCGUAAAUGCCUUCCUGAAUGCACUACUCGAUGAGGCCGUAUACACAAGAACACCAGAAGGAUUCCACACAAAAGGAAAGAUAUGGAAACUCAGAAAAGCGCUAUACGGAUUGCGCAAAUCUCUACGCCUCUGGCAGCGAGCUCUCGCUACUACACUGCUCAGAUUUGGUCUUAUUCCCGUGCCUGAAGAACAAUGCCUCUUCGUGAAUGAAUACAUGAUUGUGCUAGUCUACGUUGAUGAUAUUCUCGUGAUCAACUUGCCUACUCCGGAGGCCCGAGAGGCCGCAAAGCGAUUCAAGGAAGCUCUCGCGGAAGAAUAUGAGCUUCGGAAUAUGGGGGAAGUGGGAUAG